AUGGAUUCCACGAAUUUUAACGGAACAAGCGAAAAGUUUUUGCAGUGGUUCAGGUCACUGCCAGGUGCGACAUUUUCUGAGGACAUCAAAAUUGUUGACCUGCGUGAUCGCAAUGCUGGUCGUGGCAUAAUUGCUCUCAAGGACAUACCUGCGGAAACAACUCUGUUUACCAUCCCCAGAAAAGGGAUUAUCAACACUGAAACCUCAGAACUUACCAAGAAGAUCCCAGAUGUGUUCGACCUUGAUAAGCCUGAGGAGGAUGAUGUCCCUGGAUUGGACUCUUGGAGUUCUCUGAUUCUCAUCAUGAUUUAUGAGUACCUCCAAGGCGACAACUCUCAAUGGAAGUCUUACUUUGACGUUCUUCCUUCGUCUUUCGACACACCCAUGUUUUGGUCCGAGAAUGAGCUCGAUCAGCUUCAAGCCAGCCAUAUGCGACACAAGAUUGGCAAGGCUAAUGCGGAGGAAAUGUUCAAGAAGACCCUGGUACCCAUCAUUCGAGGUAACCCAAGCAUCUUCAACGUCGGUAACAAGAGCGACGAGGAGCUUGUUGAGAUUGCCCACCGAAUGGGUAGCACCAUUAUGGCUUAUGCUUUUGACCUUGAAAACGACGAAGAAGAGGAGGAAGAGACCGAGGAAUGGGUUGAGGACCGUGAGGGAAAGUCGAUGAUGGGUAUGGUGCCUAUGGCGGAUAUCCUGAACGCCGACGCCGAGUUUAAUGCGCACGUCAACCACGAGGAGGACAGUCUUACUGUUACCAGCUUGAGACCGAUCAAGGCAGGCGAAGAAAUUCUCAACUACUACGGUCCCCACCCCAACUCUGAGCUGCUAAGACGAUACGGAUAUGUCACCGAGAAGCACUCCCGUUAUGACGUGGUCGAGAUCCCUUGGGAUGUUGUGGAGUCGGUCAUGACAAGCAAGUUUGGCAUUUCCAGCCAAGUCUUGGAGCAGAUUCGCGGUGCACUCGAGGAAGACGAGGAGUUUGAGGAUACAUUCGUUUUGGAACGUGAAACAGGCGAAGUCAACUCUGAUGGCACCUUUGCUGGACCUGCCAAGUUCGAAAGCAUGCCCGAGGACCUUCAGGAACAGCUCAAGACAUUCCUCAAGGGAAUCAAGAAAGCACAGCCCGCCGCCAUCCCCGACAAGAGAAAGAGAGACGAGAUUCACCAAGCUGUGUUGGAAAAGACAAUGGAGGCUCUCGCAGCUCGAUACCCUACAAGUAUCCCAGAGGAUGAGGUGCUACUGAAUGGCCAAAACCUUAGCCAAAGAGCCCGCAUGGCUACCGUGGUUAGACUUGGAGAGAAGAAGUUGCUUCGAGAAGCAAUGUCCGCCUCUCCCGAAGAUGUUGAGAUGACAAUGGAUGACGAUUCUGGUCCAGCAAAGCGUACAAAGCUUUCUGGCUGA